AUUUAAAUACUAAAAUGGUCGCCCCCGAGAUCCACCCGCACCGAAGCUGCCGGCAAGGACCACCAGACACAGCGGCGGCGUCAAUGGAUCACAAGGCGGCGAAGCGUGUGGCCAUCGUCGGCGCCGGCACGAGCGGGCUCGCCGCGUCCAAGCACCUCCUGGCGCGGGGCUUCCGCCCGGUGGUGUUCGAGGCGGGCGCCGCCGUCGGCGGCCUGUGGACGCGCACGCUCGCCACCACCAGGCUGCAGUCGCCCAACCAGGGCUACCGCUUCUCCGACUUCCCGUGGCCGGAAGACGCCGACGCGUUCCCGCGCCACGACCAGGUCGUGGCGUACCUCGCCGCCUACGCGCGCCGCUUCGGCGUCGAAGACUGCGUCAGGUUCCGGAGCAAGGUCGUCGCCGCGGAGUUCGUCGGCACCGACGACGGCGCUAACGCGGAGCUGUGGGCGGGCAACGGCGAGGCGUUCGGCGGUGAUGGCGCUGGCCGGUGGCGCCUCACCGUGCGUCACGGCGACUCCGACGCCACGCAGACGUACGAGUUCGACUUCCUGAUCCUGUGCAUCGGGAGAUUCAGCGGCGUGCCCAACAUCCCGGAGUUCCCGCCCGGCGUCGGCCCCGACGCGUUCCGCGGGCGGGUGCUCCACUCCAUGGAUUUCUCCGACAUGAACGACGCGGACGCCGCCGCGCUGGUCAGGGGCAAGCGCGUCGCCGUCGUCGGCUCGGGCAAGUCCGCCUUCGACAUCGCGGCCGAGUGCGCCGACGCCAACGGCGCCGAGCGGCCGUGCACGAUGGUCUGCAGGAGCCCACAAUGGCUGCUGCACGACGUCAACGUCUGGGGCAAGCUCAACCUGGGGUACCUCUACAUGAACCGGUUCGCGCAGCUGAUGGUGCGCAAGCCCGGCGCCGGCCUGGCGUCGACCCUCCUCGCCACGUUGCUCACGCCUUUGGUACGCAAAACGCAUGAACCACAAAAAAGAAAAUGUAUUCAGAGACUUGCUUGCUCCUUGCACUCGACAUUCUCUGCAGGCGUGGCUGAUAUCGAAGGUGACGGAGGCAUACUACAAGAAGGCGAUACCGAUGCGGGAGCACGGCAUGGAGCCGGAGCUCGGGUUCGCCGGGUCCAUCUCGUCGUGCAACAUCGGCAUGCUGCCAGACGCGUUCUACGACAAGGUGAGGGGCGGCAGCAUCGUCAUCAGGCGGUCAGGGGCGUUCAGCUUCUGCGAGGACGGCCUGGUGCUGGACGGCGCCGACCGGCGCGUCGUCCCCGCCGACCUGGUGAUACUCGCCACAGGGUUCUGCGGCGAUCAGAAGCUCAGGGACAUGUUCGUGUCGCCCCGGGUGAAGGACAUCGUCGCCGGCUCGUCGGACACCACCGUCCCUCUUUACAGGGAGUGCGUGCACCCACGGAUCCCGCAGAUGGCGGUGAUCGGGUACUCGGAGAGCCUGACCAACAUCUUCUCGAUCGAGAUGAUGGCCAAGUGGGUGGCGCGGUUCCUGGACGGCGCGUUCCGGCUGCCGGGCGUGGCGCGGAUGGAGCAGAGCGUGGCGGAGUGGGGCGGGUACAUGCGACGGAGCAACGGGGAGAGGUUCCGGCGGUCGUGCCUCGGCGCCGUGAACAUCUGGUACAACGACGAGCUGUGCCGCGACAUGGGCUACGACCCAAGGAGGAAGAAGGGGCUCCUCGCCGAGUGGUUCCAGCCCUACGGCGCCGUCGACUACGCCGAUAUCCAGUGACGCUUUUUUCCGCGGCUUCAGCGGUGCGGAGACAUGUGGGGGGGUUGAGCACAGGUGGAUCAAGCGGUUCCUGGCAGACUGGCUGCUCCGUUAUGGGCCAGCAGAUUACGCUGAAAUUAAACAAAUUGAAAUUUCAUCAGGUCCCGGUCCCCUGGACAAAUCAUAUGCAAUUGUGAAUCAAAUUCAGAAAGUGUCGAGCCCAUAUGAGAAUGCAUAAUCCAAACCGUCACU